UCAUUUCUUUAGCAGCAGGAAAUCCGCAAAACCCCUAAAAACACGACAGAGGAAAGAACCAAAGCUGAGUUUCAAAGCAUGUCAAAUCUGCCGUUGGACCUGAUCGCCGAGAUCCUCCGCCGGCUACCCGUCAAGAAACUUCUGUGCUGCAGGUGCGUAUCUAAACCAUGGCGUGCCUUAAUAGAUGGCCAAAAUUUCAUCGAUUUGCAUCUCCAGCACUCCUUAGAAACCAGCUCUAAUACCAACAUUAUCUUAAAAAAUUCAGAGCUUUACUUUGUAGCUUUCGAUCUGCUGGAUAACCUUUGGCAACUUGAUCAUCCUUUGAUGUGUUAUAAUCAUAGCAUCCGAGUCUUGGGUUCUUGUAAUGGAUUGCUUUGCAUUUGCAAUGUUGUGGAUGACAUUGCUUUGUGGAAUCCCUCUAUUAGAAAGUAUCACGUUUUACCCUUUUUGCCCAUGGAGCUCAAACGCUAUCCCGGGACGUGCUCUUGCCGGGUAUGUGUUUUUGGACUUGGGUAUGAUCCCAUUAAUGAUGAUUACAAGGUGGUUAGGAUUGCACAGUUUGGGGGAGUCAAUGGAAAGAGUUUUGAAUCUGAAGUUAAGGUUUAUAGUUUAAGAAGGAAUUCUUGGAGAAGGAUUGGAGAUAUGCCUUAUUGUAUUCUUUAUCCUGGGGUAAAUGGAGUGUUUGUUUGCGGAGCUUUGCAUUGGCUAGUGAGCCAAAAUGCUGAAUCUAAUGUCGCCAAUAUGAUUGUUGCUUUGGAUUUAGGGGUUGAGGAUUGCAGGGAGGUGCCUCAGCCUGAACUUAUGGAUGAGAAUUUUAACAUGGAUAUUGGGGUUCUUGGAGGAUGCCUAUGUUUGCUUGCAAAUUUUCGAGGUCGGCGUGUUGAUGUGUGGGUGAUGAAGGACUACGGGAUCAAGGAGUCUUGGACUAAAUUAUUUUCUGUUGUACAGCAAGAUGUUAUUGGGGUUCUUAGAUCUCUUAAACCUCUAGCUUAUUCAAAGAGUGGCAGUGAAGUUCUCAUGGAGCAGGACAACAUACACCUUUUCUGGUAUGACCUUAGGAGGAAAGAAGUAAGGGAUGUUCGGAUUCAGGAUAUGCCAAUUACAUUUGAAACAGAAAUUUAUGUCGGUAGCCUUGUUCCAGUUAAUCCAAAUAGACUGCCUAAAGGGAGGAAUAGGCAUGAACAUGAGGUUGCAAAAAAUAGGAAGAACAGAGAUGAUUUCUUGUCUGAGGGGUUCAAAUUGGUCUUGUAAGCCAGUCUAUGAAGAGCAUGAGAAACAAUAGAAAGAGGUAAUUUAGUUAAUUAUACUAUCAGUUAAUGUGAUGCUUACCAAUUUCUAAUAUUCUAUAACGUUAUGUUUCUUUUGAGUGAACUAGAAUGAAUAUCAACUUAUAUGCUAAUUUAGUACUUCACCAAAGUAACUAACUAAACAUAUAAAUAAGGGCCUGGUUAAUUAUCAGUUGUGUUUUAGAUGAUGAAUGUUCACCUUCUUCUCUCAAGAUUUUUCAGGGUGCCUUCUCUGCUUUUUGUUACCUGCAUUUCUCUCAGGCUGAAUCUAGUGGGAGGGAGGUACAUAGUUGAGCAUGUGAGUUAUUCAGAAGAAAAGAGCAUUUGAGUUAAUCAGUUAAAGAUCUAUGCACAUAAGAUCUCUUCUUUUUGUAUUUUCAAAUGGUAACUGAUCAGGUCUUGUAUUUGUCAAGGCCAUAUUCUGUCAAUAUAUUAUUGGUCACUCUUCAUAGAACAUGACAAAUGUUCAUUUGCUUUUUAUAUGUUUAAGUUGCUUGAAGUCAUGACUGGGCUAUCUGUUGAAUCCUUUUUUGCUUUAUAAAGGACACUUUUUCCUUGAUUGUAUCUAUUAAUCUUUAAUGAAUAUGGAUACCUUAUUGAUGAAGUGCUAUCAGAACAAAAUAGAUUUUACUUUAUCAAUAACUACUAUUAGAUGAAUUGUUAAAAUUUAUUCUAAUGGUGAGAUAUUCAAAGUAUAAACAAAGUGAUUUAAAAUCAAAGUAACCAUUAAAGAGACCAUUAGUGAAAUGCCAAUAUCACAUGGAUAUCUUCCAUAUUUCCUUUCAUUUUCUUUUCCUUUUUCUGAAUUCCAUUCAUAUUUUGGUGCUAAUGAUUCAAUUUUCAAAAUUAGUACAACAUGCCCUUGUGAAAAAUGAGAUCUAGAACUUGGAAUCUACGUGCUUUUUUUUUAUUAUAGCUUAUUUAUUAUAAAUUAAAUUUUAGUUCUAUAUGGAUAUAGUUGGGAACAGGACAGUGAUGCUAAGUAAAAAUACAAGAGCAGCUCAUUAGAAGUGGAUUAUGUGUGAAUAUAAGAAAAAUUUUAUGUUACUCGAUUCAAAGAAGCUAUCUAUUAAAAAAAAUAAUGCAUAUAAAUUUCUCUAUGUAACAGUUAUUGAGUAGAAAAAGAAAAUAAUUUAUAAAUUAAUAAAAUUUUGCUAUAAUCUUAAGUUUUCAUUUUUUUCUGAAUUGUUGCAUGAUUACUUCAUUAUGAAUGCUAUUGAAGACAUCUUUCUCAGUAUAUGUAAUCAGAAAACCAUUCAAAUGGCCCUACUCAAUGUAACAUAUAUCUGCCCUUUUAUAUGGCCAUAAAACUAUUCUUCAUUGGCAAAAAGCUACCCUUACUGUUUCUGUAUUCCUUUGGUUUAAGAACAUUUUGUAGUUAUUUUCUUUCUUAACAUAUAUCUUUUUUCAGACAAUUAUUUAGAUGAUUUGGCUGUGUUAAGUCUUUCUGUAGUUGUAGAGGAUUGAUACCUCAAUAGUUUUUUGUGGAAACUGGUUCUUGAAUGUUUGGGUGUUGAAUGAUGCAAAUUGGCUUGAUUCAUUCUGUCUUUCUAGUCACAUAGGUUUUUGCCAUAAUAAAAAAAAAAAAAAAAAAAAAAGA